AUGACCACGGUGCGCGCGCGCGUGGGACGACGGGCGACGUCUCGGAGCGCGAGCGCGGGUCGAGGGAUCGGCCAUGUGGGCGGGGACGGGACGGAGGACGGGGAUGAGACGCGCGGGACGCGACGGGCGCGGGCGCGGGCGCGGACGCCGUUCGUCGCGUGCCCGGCGUGCGGGACCGAGGUGCGGUGGACGGGGUACAGGGAACACCUGGGGAAGUGCGCGAAGGAUGUGCUGGAGAAGACGCCGAGAGAGGCGUGGCGAGACGGGGACGGGGGACGCGGGGCGUACGAGACGACGCGGGCGAUCAACGACGCGUUCGCGGAGGACGUGAAGCGGAUGUGCUUUCGUGCGAGGGAUGGGAUGGGAGACGGCGAGCGGAUGACGCCGGAGGCGUGCGCGGCGGCGCUCGGGGUGCCGACGGGACGAGUGAAGACGACGCUGCGACGGGCGAGUUUGGCGGUGGAGCUCGCGCGAGACGACGCGCCGCUCGACGUCGUGCACGAAGACGAUGAGUUUUUAGUGGUGAAUAAACCGCCCAAUCUGAGGUUUCAUCCGAAUCAUCGAUUCGAAGGGAACUCGUUGCUCUCGCGCGCGUUGCAUCACACAAAGGGCGAGACGCCGUACAUUGUGCAUAGGUUGGACAUGGAUACGUCCGGCGUCGCGGUGUUCGUGAAGAAGCAGAGCUUGGUAUCCGACGUGGCUCGGCAGUUUCACGAGAAAACAGCUAGGAAGACGUACUUGGCGAUUUCAGUGGGCGUCACGCCGCCGGGAUGCGGCGACGGUUUCGUCGUCGACGCGCCCAUCGGCGACCACGGCGUCGUGAAAGAGGCUCGCAACGUGGACUUUUCAGGCGAGGGAAAAGAGGCGAGAACGGUGUGCGAGGUCAUUUCGCGCAAAGAGACGGCGCUUUUUGAUAUCUCCGACGAGACGGUCGCCGCGACGACGACACCGAAGGGCGUGUCGGCGACGUCGGAGACGAAUGACUCAUCGCCAUCCGCCACUGCGGCGCUCGUUCUCGUGAAGCCGAUGACCGGUAGAACCCACCAGAUUCGUGUGCAUCUCGCGCACGCGGGUCUUCCAAUCGUAUCCGAUGCGUUGUACGGCCCGCACAUUCGAUGGGGAGCACAGAGCGCGGAUGAGAACGAAAAGUUGACCUGGAGCGCGUCGCAGCUCGCGGCGUGCUCAUCCGAGAAUCCGACACAGAUGCAUCAGAUGACGCCUCCAGACGAGUGCGAUUCGCCUCAUCCCAGCGGCGUUUGGGGCGGAUCUUUGAGCAUCGGUCGACAGGCUCUCCAUGCGUACAAGUUGGAGCUCGUGCAUCCAGUCACCGGACAGAUGCUCGCUUGGCAGGCGGAAAUGCCCGAGGACAUGCGUCGAGUGUGCGACGCGCUCGGUCUCGAUUCGACGGGAUAUUCGUAG